AAUUGUGACACAGCACAGCUCCGGUCAGGUAUAUAAGUCCGUGCUGAGACAGUAAAAGACAGACGAUAGAAGAAGCUAGACAUGGAGUUCCUAAAAGUCCUCGUGGUUUUCUGCGUAGUAUUUCACGGUUCAUUUUCAAAUCCAAAUAGUUCUGAGGAUGAUGUACGUGUUGUCAUUGAACGUGUACAGGGACUCAUAGAAAGGUGGCAUGAGGCUGGCAGGGAUACGAUCGUAUCCCCUUUGCCCGACACCCGCCCUCCCACCGAACCACAACUAUCUGUUCCACGUGUACCACAUAAAUGGACCUCUCUGAAAUAUAAAAUGCACCACACCAUGCUUGAGAAUCUUCUGAAAACAUACUUUGGUAGUUUCCCAGAAGGACCAUAUACAACGGAGAUACCUUUAACACCACAUAAGAUUGUGACAAUGCUGAAUGCAUGGUUCAACAACACUAACCAAAUGUUCACAGAACGGACUGUCUUCAACGUCACCAAAGAGCUGUUGGGUGCCUAUUUUCAGUGCGCAACAACAAAAAUAAACCAAAUGGUUUUCUAUGUUUUGAAUGACCAAGCACGUGCCAUGACCGAGGAUGACCAGAAUAUGUACACGUCUGUCCGGACAAUUCUGGAGAGCUGGAUACCGCACAGUUCUAUACUGGACAAUGUGAGCAGGAGGAUUGCUGUCACUGCUCACAGACAGAUCUACGGGACGUUCAUGAAACACGUCACGCAUUUUCAGCUGAAAGAUUUGAUGAAAUUCUUGGGGCAGAUGAAGAUGUUCUUACGUAGAGCUGGACGCAAACAAUGGAGUCUUGGUACGUUUGAUGAUGAAUUAAAUAAACGUUUACAGGACAAUGACAUCAACUUAAAAUGUCCGAGUCUGGGAACUUUAUGGGAAUUCCACCGGGAAAUUGCUGCCAGUUUUCAAUCACGGUUUAAAGACAUGAAGCCUGUAAGUGAGAUAGAGGCCUGGCUGAGAAAGGUCCUACCCACAUACAUAGCUACGUACACCACCCCCGCCAUCACUGCCAUCCUCCAAGUCUACACGGAUUACGUCAGAGAAGCAAAGCGGAACUUUGAAAAAGUGGAAAUCCAUAUGACCACCGGAAACAGGGCUGACAUCAUAAACUUUGUGUCCAUGUUCCUUACGCCAGAUCAGCUUGAAUAUUUGGAGUCCAUCAUUGAAUACCUGGAAACCCCAAAUACUAGAGGCGAGAAGAUGCACUUGGACUAGAUGACGCGGAUUUUCCAUACAUGGAAGUUAUGUGAAUGUACCAGACACGGAGAAAAUUCCGAUUGUUCAUGCCUAGAGAUUUGUUAUUGAAAGUUUUCUGUUUUUGGUUGCUUGAAAAAUAAACAGUUAAAACUUCUGUUGUAUAAUACAAUGAAUGAACAUAAAACGGAAAUAUUGAAAUAAAACUUGGUUAUAAAGCAU